CGCCCCUUGUGUGUGUCGUAGAGGCAAACUGUGUUGUAGCAGUCGAGCUGCUGCUGCUCUGGGCUCUGGGUAAACAACAGCGGAUACCUCGACCAGCAGGAAUGGGAACUUCGUCGAGGGAUAACAAAAGGACGAUGACACGUAUUGCCAAAAGGACUUAAAGUCAGUGAUACAGUGAAUGGACACUUAAGCGCCGAUGCAAGCAAAUUAGGUAUUAUCCUCCCUCUGACACACAUGUCACCAUGAAGAGUGAGGUGCCAUCGGAGGCCCCCAACAGGCAGGAUCAGCUUAAGGAGCCCCUGGUGAACCCAGUACCUAUAGAGGCUGCAAAGGACUUUCCUAAUAACUUGGAAAUGAUUGGCAAGGCAGCCAAUGAGUAUGCAAAUCUUUGUUCAGAAUCCAGGCAUAGACCCUUGAGAGAAAGCGGUGCCCAUAGGGACUCGGAGCGUGGCCUUGCUGGUCGUAGGAAAAGAAAAGGACAGCAAGCAGGGCCUUCAGACUGUUCGCUAAAGGAAGCGAAUAUUAGUGAGAACUCACUGGCCCCACAGCGGCCCAGGGUUGAACUUUUACAACAACCUAGUGAAGAUGACCACAAUCACGAGUCAUCUUUUAGUGACUGCGUUUCUUCGCCCUCCUCCAGCCUUAGGUUUGGAGACUCGGACACACUCAGCUCUGAAGAUGAGGCAGAAACUGGAGCGACAGGAAGCCAACAAAAGCCUUUGACCUCUGGGGGAGCAUCUGAAGUUGGUCUGCGCCCAAUACUUGGUCGAACUCGAGCUAGUCGCUCACAUAAAUGGAUGCGUCCGGAGGCAGAGCCGGUGCUGUUGAAACGGCAGUGUCUUAGCAGCCGGCGGCCUGUACAUAGAAAGCGUUAUGUUAAAACAAUUCCUGGAGGGGCUCCACGGACUCAAAAACAAAAGGAGAGAUUGCUACUGCAGAGAAAAAAACGAGAAGUGAUUGCACGCAGGAAGUAUGCACUUCUCCACAGCACUAGCAGCUCCAGCGAGGAGCUUAGUAGUGACUCCUCUUCUCCAUCCUCAACCGAAGCAGAGGAUGAACUCUAUGUAGAUGUGAGCAGCACCAGCAGCCAGCCCAACAGUUCUGCUGUAGCCCCAGGUGUUCUUGAUGAGGAUGUGGUGGUGAUUGAGGCCACUCCGGCUACAGCCCCUGCCGUCCCUGCCAGUGAGGAGAUCAAUGUCACUUCAACAGACAGCGAGGUGGAGAUAGUUACUGUUGGAGAUGGCUUCAGGUCGCGGGCUGUGGGAGGUCUUGGCAGGAUGUGGAGUAGCAGUUGUGCUCAGAGCCGUCUACAGGAGCCUCGUGGACGACACCGGCUCUCCACAGUGAUCCAGCCACUGCGUCAGAGUCCGGGAGAGGUGGUCGAUCUAACUGUGGAUGAAGAUGACUUAUCUGUUGUGCCAACAACCUCUGGCAGCGCGCAGCGGUCAUCCUCUUCCUCAUCGUCACAUCUUGCCUCUACCUCAGAGCUCAACGAUGCUGCGGGCCCCUCCACCAGCUGCCCGGGAUCAGUGCUGGACACCCAGAGGUCCAGUGGCUCCACUCAUGUGGCAGCAGAAGAUGAAAGCAGGCCAGGUUUGUCGGGGACAUCAGGGGAAAGUGGAGCCACAGCCUUGCCCAGACUGCCCUCCUGCUGUCAGCAACACUCGCCCUGUACAGGGCCCUCUCCCGGUCACCUGUCCCUAAGCCACUCCCACUCCAGCUGCUUGCAGGCAACGUCUCAGCAGACUAGCAGUAGUCAACAUGGCCAUCGCAAUACUCACCAUUUUCUUCACCAUGUGCAUCACCCAGCACCACAGCACCCUGGCACCCUGCCUUUCCAGGAGUCCAGCUGUCCUAUCGAGCGACCCAGUGCCCUGCCCGCCCCAUGUACUGGAGUUAGCAACAGCAACAAUAGUAGUAAUAGUUGCAACACAUCCCACUAUCACGAGCAGCAAACACUUCCAGUUGAUCUGAGCAACAGUAGUGUUCGAGGCAGUGGGAACAGUAGUGGUAGUUUCCACGGCAGUACAUCGGCUUUUGACCCAUGUUGCCCAGGCUCCUCUUCACGGCCCCCUGUAUUUGUUUCCCAGGCGACCGCUGGGCCCAGUCAGCCUGCAGUGGUAGAUUCUUUUAGUUCUCCAAUGGUUGCUCAAAGUGGGCCCCAAACUCAGCCGCAGCAACCCUGCAGACAUUACAUGCACACAUCCUAUGGCUCCCUAGCCCGCUCAUUGCACCAUCAGCCCUCUUCCACUUGCCCUCAUUCCCAUGGUAACCAGCUGACACAGGCCCCCCCCCAAGGCGAUUAUGUCAUACCCCACACAGUGCACACCUUUCACGCCCCAUUGCCAUCCCAUCCCUCGAGCCACCCUGUGCCCCCUGCUCCUCCUCCUCCACUGCCCGGUCACCAUCUUCCUAAUUCUAGUGCCCCGCUGACUCAGCACUUGCCUUCAGACCAUCAGCCCUUGCCCCACCACAUGCCUUCACUUGGAGCGUCUGUACAGAGGCUGCAUGCCCAUGAAAUGCUACUUGAAGUCCAGAGGCGUCGGAUGAUGCAGCACCCCACGAGAGCACAUGAGCGCCCACCGCCACACCCCCACAGAAUGCACCCAAACUAUGGCCAUGGACAUCACAUUCAUGUCCCACAGACUAUGUCUUCCCAUCCCCGUCAGCCUGAGCAGAGAACAGCCUGGGAGCUCGGCAUUGAGGCUGGCGUGACUAUGGCACCGUAUCCUUCAGGGCACCUGCACUCCCACCUGCCCCACUACCACCAUCCCCCUAGACUUCACCACUUCCCUAUUCCCUUCAUGCACACUGGCAUAUCGGAAGUGACAUACCCGCACAUUCGUUAUAUCUCUUCGAGAAUGACUGGCUUCGGAAGAACGUAUGAGGACCUGCUGCAUUUAGAGGAAAGACUGGGGACCGUGAACAGAGGAGCCUCUCAGGGCACCAUAGAGAGGUGCACGUACCCACACAAGUACAAAAAGAAGGUGUUGGAGAGAGACAUUGACCAACAGUUAACCUCUGAAGCUUGGGCAUCUAUUGGGAAUAAAAAGCACGCAACCCCAGAAUCGAGAAAGCUGCAUGGUAAGCAAGAUGAAGACGAGGGCGCAGACGAAGACACAGAAGAAAAGUGCACCAUCUGCCUGUCAAUUCUGGAGGAGGGGGAGGAUGUCAGGCGUCUACCCUGUAUGCACCUCUUCCAUCAGCUGUGCGUGGAUCAGUGGCUCCUCACCAAUAAGAAGUGCCCCAUCUGCAGAGUGGACAUUGAGGCACAGUUGUCUGCUGAAAGUUGAUGUUGUUUUUCUAUCACCACCUUUUGUUUAAUUUUAUUUUGACAUCAUCUUCAAGUAUCCCCUCAGUACUGCAGUCAACCAAAGAUGGCAUGAGUUACCUGCGCAGCGCUGAGAAAAUAAAAACAAAACAUCAGAUAAAAACAUUAAGCCUAGAGUGCCAGCUAUAACAUAUUACUACGGCUAGACUUCUCUAUAAGGGUUUAAGAUUUUAUUGUAUUUAUAAAGCUUUUAUGUAGCUUUUGAUUGUUUCCCCAAGUGUCAUUUUUUUGUUCUGCAUGUCUCCUUGCAAUGCAUUUCUUUGCACAUUUAACAUGGGCUUAACAUGGCCUAACAAGUUGCAGGUGAGGAUAACUGCUCUAGUAAAGAUGCAUUUGUGUUACACUAAUGCCUUGCUUUACUAGAAUAGAAUGUCAGUCUCUGGCCUAAAAUAUAAAAUUGCAGGAUUCAUUUUUUACCAAUCAUUGUAUUAAUUAGUUCAUGUUUAGAAAACGUGGAUUGUUAGUGAAGACGUUUUUAAUUCAAAUCAAAACAUUCCUAUCAAGGGAAAUGUGAAAAACAGAUCAGCUGCUGUAUUAGUGCACAUACAUCCAGUAUUUUAAGAGUUACUCCAAAACUCACCUUUUCACCCCUGCCAUUGCACCACCCUCACCCCUAAAGUUCAUUGUCAUCAUCUCAUGUAUUUUAGCAAACAAGAAAAGGAAUGUUGCAUCCUCUCUUGACUGUUCUUUAUGAAAUGAGCAAUUAUUAGCUUCGGCUGUGAACAUUUUCUUCACACUUGUCAGGGUUUUGUUCCUAUAGACAGGGCUUUUAAAGAUGGUUUUAGUGCUGUGAUCUCAGGCCCAUGUUUGUUGUCACAUGAUGAGCCUGCAAAACCUGGGAUUUUUUUUGUUCUGAUGCUGGCAGUGGCUUCAUUUACAGUUGUGUUCAAACUGAAAUUCCACCCUGCCUUCUGUCUAAGAAACUGUAAUAACUGUUGGACUAACUCAUUUGCAUAUACUUGCACAAGAGAGAAAUCUGUUGGAGAGUUGUAGUCAUUUAACAGUGUGCUGAGACCAGGUAUUUCCACUCAGAUGAAUAUUGAAAAGAAAAAUAAACUAAUGUUAUGAGUGAGUGUUGAAAUGCAUUACUUUAAGCAGGUAUCCAUGCAUUCAUUGACUUAAAGGAACCAGGAGCAUAUUCUGUGGGAUUUAUAUUAGUUUUAAAAUGAUGAUAAUAAUAAACUUGGCUAACUCUUAA